UAUGGUUUAGUACACCUACUCCUGGGGACAAAUGGCGAAGCGUUUCAAGCUCAAGAUUUCUCGAGUCUUCGCCUUCCAAUCUUGCCGUUCAUCAAGAGAUCAUCCUUCAACUCUCCCCUCCAAUCCUGUCCCUUCCUUCCUCAGACUUUCUCCGGCCAACCCAAACCCUAUCACCCUCCAUAUGCCUCCGCAACCACCACCACCACCGCUUCCUCUGCCAACUUCCUCCAAGCCUCGUUACUCCUUAAAACGCCAUGUCUCCUACGCCUUUUCAUCCAUGGGCUGCGGCUUGGGCCCAAGAUCCAGCGCACAGUACUUAUCUGAUACGGACUACACCGAAUCACCACCUCCUCCCACGCCGGAAUUUCACUGGGAAAAAAAUCACAAAUGGCACGUGAUAGCUAAAGUCCAAGAAAACGAAACUCCUCGCGCCAAAAUCGCAGAAGGUUCCGACGCCGACGAUGUUUUACCACCUCCACCGCCUCCUAACACGGAGAGGAAGAAAAAGCGGCGUCACAGAAAGAAGAAAACCACAACCAAGAUUCGCGUCAGUACUUCAUCCGGCGAUAGCGGCAUUUUCAGCAGCGAAAGCUUCGACGACGAAGAAGAAACGGAAAGCUUAGUCUCGCCAUCUAGAAGCAUCUCAACUGAUUCCAGUUCCAGGCAGCAUAAAAAGAAGAGAAACAAGAGGUCGGUGAGACGGUGCAUUGUGAAGGAGAUGAGCGCGAGACUGUCGUCGACAUCGGAGAGCGAGUCACCGGCGAGGUUGUCGAUGUUUUUGCAGAGGAUGAUACCGUGCGCAGUGGAAGGGAAGGUGAGGGAAAGUUUUGCGGUGGUGAAGAGGUCGGAGGAUCCAUUCGAGGAUUUCAAGAGGUCAAUGAUGGAGAUGAUCUUGGAGAAGCAGAUGUUCGAAGAGAAGGACCUGGAGCAGCUGCUGCAAUGCUUCUUGUCGUUGAAUUCCAGGCACCACCACGGUGUAAUCAUUCAGGCUUUCGCUCAGAUUUGGGAGGCUCUGUUUUGUCGAAGAUCGACGAGCUUCAGAGUUUCGUGAAUUGGAAGAUAGUAAUAAUCAUUAUUAAAAAAAAUAAAAUAAAAUCAGGAUUGAUUU